AUGGCAACAAAGACGGAUCCAAAGCUCUUCCCUCGUCGAGUCCGAUAUGCUGCCCUUUUAACGGUCAAUAUAUUCGUUUUCCUGGGAAAUAUGUACUCGUCAGGAAUAGCAACCGGGUUCGACUCCCUCGCCGCUGACCUCCAUGUGGGCUACCAAAAACUUUCCGACCUGAUAUCCUGGUCUGUCUUGUCAAUGGGCCUCGCGAAUCUCUUCUGGAUGCCGCUGGCCCUGUGCUUCGGGAAGCGCCCGAUCGUACUUGUUUCCAUGGCCAUGUUUGUGGCAGGGGCAAUCUGGACUGUCGUCGCAAAGGACUAUAAUAGCUUGAUGGGCGCGAGGGUCUUUGCUAGUUUUGGAUAUGGAUCGAUCGAGUCAUUAGGCCCGAGUAUCCUUGCUGAUAUGUUCUACGAGCGCAACUACUCCAGUGCAAUGGCACUCUACGCUCUGUUCCUCUCUGCCGGCUCCCAAGUCGGUCCUCUCAUAGCCGGUUAUCUUGUUGCGGCCCGUGGCUGGCGCUGGUUCUUCAUCCUUUGCCUCAUCAUCGGAGCCGUCAACCUCGUGGCAACUUUCUUCUUCCUCCCGGAGACACUCUACGAGCCUAACCCAGAGGAUCAACUGGAGUUCGAGACUAAGGAAAAGGAUGACAUCCUUCAGAGCCAUAUCGAGGCUAUCCCAGAUGCCACCGCAGGGCGGCAACGGCAACAAGACCAGUUCUCCUAUGGUGACCAUUGGAAAAGCCUGUUUAAAGUUGGCUUAUCAGAUGCGGCAAAAGAAAAGGGUCUUUUCAAGCACCUCGCUCGUAUGUUCUGGCUGCCAUUGCCAAUGCUUCUGGUACCGGGAGUACUGCUGGCGUCGAUGAUGUACGGGGUUGUGUUAGGGGCAGUGGUCUCCAUCUCUACCCUCUCCGCCGACCUCUUCUCCCCCCCUCCGUACAACUUCUCCUCUGCCGCUCUUGGUCUUUUCGCACUCGGCAGCUUCGUCGGCAUUCUCGUCGUCUGGCCCAUCGCCGGCCCGUUAACUGAUGGUCUUUCCAAUUAUCUCCGCAAACGCAAUAACGGCGUUCACAAGCCCGAGCAUCGGAUUCCCGCCCUUAUUGUCCCUUUUCUCAUCUCGCCGGUCGGACUCGUCGUUUUUGGAUAUACCAUCUCCCGCAAGAUGCAGUAUGUUGCACCAGCCGCAGGCUCAGCCAUGUCUGCAGCAGGUCUGACACUGGUUCCUUCGGUGAUGCUAUCGUACAUCGUCGAUUCAUACCCCCAUACGAGCGCUGAGGCACUGGUGUUGGUGAAUACUAGCAAAAACGUAGUUGCCUUUGGAUUGAGCAAGGGCUCGGUGGACUGGAUGACUAGUCAAGGAGUCGACAAGAUGUUCUAUGAGUUUGCUGGAAUCCAAUGGGCGGUUUUAGCCUUGGGAGUACCACUCUACUUCGCUGGGCCGUGGAUCAGGAAAAGGACUUCGAAAUAUUUCUAG